CCUAAUAAAAUUCAAAAACAUCCCUAAUAAUUAAAUGUCAGCGUAGACAGAGUGAAUUAGGGUUUUAUUUCCAUCACACUCGGAAGCAGAAGACGAAAAUCUCAGGAAGCUUCAAUGGCGGCGAAGAAGGUGAGGAACCCCCGGAAGAGCCGGAACCCCGACCUGAUCCGGGGCGUGGGAAAGUACUCGCGCUCCAAAAUGUACCACAAGAGAGGCCUCUGGGCCAUCAAGACCAAAAACGGCGGCGUUUUUCCCCGCCACGACGCCAAGCCAGCCGCCGAGGCACCGCCGCAGAAGCCGCCAAAGUUCUACCCCGCCGACGACGUCAAGAAGCCGCUCGUUAACAAGCGCAAGCACAAGCCCACCAAGCUCAGAGCGAGUAUCACGCCUGGGACGGUGUUGAUUAUCCUCGCCGGAAGGUUUAAGGGCAAAAGAGUGGUCUUCUUGAAGCAGCUCUCGUCUGGGCUUCUUCUGGUCACAGGACCAUUCAAUAUUAAUGGGGUUCCUUUGAGACGUGUGAACCAAUCCUAUGUGAUUGGAACUUCCACCAAGGUUGACAUUUUGGGCCUAAAUGUAGAGAAGUUUGAUGACAAGUACUUCGCCAAGGAAGCUGAAAAGAAGAAAAAGAAGGGAGAAGGAGAGUUUUUUGACGCAGAGAAAGAGGAAAAGAACCAGCUUCCACAAGAAAAGAAAGAUGACCAGAAGGCUGUGGAUGCCGCAUUGAUAAAAUCAAUUGAAGCAGUACCAGACUUGAAAACUUAUUUGGCAGCUAGGUUUUCUCUUAAGUUGGGCAUGAAGCCUCACGAGCUUGUCUUUUAGAGUAUGCUUCAGUUAUUUCCCAUAUUAGGGCAAUUUUCUAUCUUGAAUUGAACUUGUUUGAUUUAAAUUAUAAGUGGUUGUAUUUUUAUAUCACUGGCAAAGCUACAUAAGUUUUGUGUUGACCAGAGAGUAAUUUUUCUUCUUUUUUCAGUUUUGGCUGUCUGGUAGACGUGUUGGACCAUCUAUUGAAUCAAAUUUCUGUUUUCCA